UUUAAUUUUUGUCAUUUGUUACAAAAAGAAAAAAAGGAAUCAAAUAAUUUUGAUGAAAUGGAUUGAGGUACAAAAAUUUGAAGUCCACCGGAAAAUAUAUCUUAUUUUCAAAAGGUAAGACAAAACCACCACCGCCGCCACCGUGGCCCACAAAAUUGGAUGGUUCUCUCUACCCAUCUCCCACCAUCCUAUUACCACCCACUUUCUUGCCUUCUUCUACCUCAAAACACCCUAAAGACACACACACAUACACACCAUUUUUAUCACACUUCUCUCUGAAAAAAAAUAAACACUAGGAUCAAUGGAUCAAACAUCCCCCAAAUCUCCAUCGCCACCACAAACACCGCUGCUGUUCAGGCCUCUAGUUCCGACGGCAGUUACUCCUACUCCUCUUAUUAUACCGAAGGUUUUCAAAUACCCAGAAAUGUAUACGAGUCCUACUGAUUUGAUCAUGUCCCCUGUUUCAAAGGGCAUACUUGCAAGAACCACGUCGAAGAAGUCAUCUCUCCCGUUACUAAAUUCGUCUACUACAAAUAAAGAACAACACAAGAUGGAAGCUUCUAUGUUUGGAGAAAGGGAUGCUCUUGGAAUUUGAAAAUUUUAUGUUAUUUUUUUUAUUUAAAUUGUAAGCAAAUUUUAUUAUCAUAAUUGUGGUUUUAUUUGUAAAUUAAUAACUAUAUCUAUUGAAAAUCAAAUUUAAUCAAAUAACUAUAUCUAUUGCAA